AUGUCGUGGGACCUGCUGCAGCGCUUCCUCGAGAGUGACGUCUUCAACCAGAACCCCUUCCUCUCGGUCUCGUAUCUCUCGCGAUAUGCGGACCACGUCGGCAUCCACUAUGUGCUCUGCUCCAAGCUCCGCCAGUUCCCCUACGAGGACAUCGAGUUCUUCCUGCCGCAGCUAUGCCACCUUAUAAUCAGCAUCGACAAUGAGUCCAUGGCUCUGGAGGAGUUCCUUCUGGACCUGUGCGAGGAAUCCGUCACGGCGGCCCUACUGACCUUCUGGCUGUUCCAGACCUACUUGCACGAUCUCGCUGCGACGCCGCAGGCACAAGCGUUCAAGACAUGUAGGAGAGUCUACAACAAGGUGCAGCACAUCGUCUUUGGCCUCUCGGACUCGGCGAGGCACGAAAAGAUCAAGGACAAUGUGCUCCCUGUCACGGUCCUGGCGAGCUUCGUGCUCGCGGGCAUUGGUGUCCCGCUCCUGCCGCAAUGGGCUGGCCCUCUUGCUGUCGCGCAAGCGAGACGAGAGAACUCGGACGGCGAUGUCAUUUCCGAAACCUCCCAGGCCGCCAAGAUCACCAGGAGCCAGACCAUGACCGCGCAGACGACGAGAUCGAGACGUCGCGAUCCGAACCGAGUCAUCAGCGCGCCGACGACGGGCUCGCAAGAAAACCAAUCCAUCAAGGAACUGCCGCAAUCACCAAAACCGCCGCACGUCGCAGUCUCUCGCCCCCAGUCUUCGAGUUCGAAAUCGAAGGAUACCCCUGAGAAGCCGCGUAAACCAGCAUAUAUCGACAGCAAGAUGCUCGAUGCCCGCCUAAGCUCUUCAUCCCUGCCCUUGCCGGAUGUUCGAUCCCCCAAGACUGUCACCCGCCCGGCAACCCCUGUUUCUGCUGGCCUACCUCGCCCAAACGAUAGUCUGUCGCGAAGACAUUCUCACCAUGUCAAAACGCUACUAAGCCAGGCUGAGAUGACCACGGCUCAGAAGGCCAAGUUGUUGCGACAGAACUACUUCCGCUGUCAGACGGCUUUUUUGACGGCACUGGAAGACAUCUCGAAUCGAUUGGUAAUCGUGCCAAAGCAAGCCCGUCUUAGUGCUCUACGUGCGGAGCUGGCACUUAUCACCAGGGAUCUGCCGGCCGAAGUAGAUAUCCCCAUCAUCUGUCCGCCAACUUUGGUAGACGGCUCCCCCUCCAAGAGCCGGCAUCACAGGAUAGUGAGAGUGAACCCGGCCGAGUCUACGGUUCUUAACAGUGCCGAAAAGGUGCCAUAUCUCCUCAUGGUUGAGAUCCUCCGUGAUGAUUUCACUUUCGAUCCUAACUCCGCAGAUAAUCAGAGGUUGCUUGCAACGUUACUCGCUGAGCAGGGAAGCCGCAAACGAUUGUUCGAUCUUACAGACGCCCCCCGGAUAUCUACCAGUGAGCGCAUAGUGGAGCCCGUCUCACUGGACGAGAAGGUCGAUAGUGUUUUCGAGCCUUCUUCAGGUGACUUGGGAAGCUCGCCAAUGUUGAAACCCGUGGACGAUGAGGCUGCUAAUAAGAAGAGUGGAAAGGUGCCAUCGCGGCCGACGCGUUUGCCUAGCGAUACAACCACCCUUUCCAGUCUGUCCGACUUGACGACGCCCCGGACCUCAGCAACGUCGACGUCGAGAUCAAGUAGUCCUGGCGGUCUCCGGAAGAUGACCAUUACAAAUCCGCGCAACAAUUCUGUUGAGCAACCUGACUUUUCAGCUUUGGCUACGCACAUGAGAACGGCUUCGCAGAUGCUCGCGCAACUCGAGGCGACUAGUGGGAAGCGACCACGCCAGGAGGUUGCCGCCAUUAGAGCCAAGAUCAUCGCGAGCAUGCAAAAUCUUGAGGAGCAGAACUUUGAGGUCAAUGAUAGUCAAGGGCCGACAUUCGACAUGAUCAUAGCGAAAGCAAGCGCUGCGAACGCUGCCUCGGAAGCUGCCGCGAACCCUGAUGUUGAUCAUGAGUUGGAGCCUGCGAUGAAUGAAAGCGCUGGUCAGGCUAGAAUGGAGAAUGAUGCCAUGACAGGAGGUGUUCAGCGAAAAGGAGAUCGUGAUGAUCCAAGCGCGGCGGUCUUUGGUGAGGCAUGGCAACAGAAGAAGGAACGCAUCCGGAAAUCGUCGCCUUAUGGAUGGAUGAAGAACUGGGAUCUCGUCAGUGUCAUCAUCAAGACGGGAGCAGACCUGCGGCAAGAAGCGUUUGCAUGUCAACUAAUCCAAGUCUGCGACAAGAUUUGGACCGACGCUGGUGUGCCCGUCUGGGUCAAGCUUAUGCGCAUCCUGGUCACUGGAGAGUCUUCCGGUCUCAUCGAGACCAUUACCAAUGGCGUGUCGCUUCACUCUCUGAAGAGGAGUCUGACGCUUGCCUUGAUCGAAUCGGGACAAAAUCCGAGACGGCGAAUCGCAACCCUGAAAGACCACUUCGUCAAGACCUUUGGUGCAACAGACAGCGAACCAUACAAGGCUGCCGUGGACGCAUUCAAGCGCUCGCUUGCGGCCUACAGCAUGAUUUCUUACGUUCUCCAGUUGAAGGAUCGCCACAACGGGAAUGUUCUCAUCGACAAUGAAGGACACAUUAUUCACAUCGAUUUUGGCUUUAUGCUGUCAAACUCGCCUGGCUCGGUUGGUUUCGAGGCCGCCCCGUUCAAAUUCACGUACGAGUAUCUCGAGGUUCUUGGUGGAGUUGGGUCGCCAGACUAUGAUGACUUCAAAAAGCUGUGCAAGCAGGCAUUCCAAGCCCUGCGCCGUUCAGCCGAUAACAUCAUUGACCUUGUCAGUAUGAUGGGUCGAGAUUCCAACAUGCCUUGCUUUGCAGUCGGCGUUUUGCAAGCCACAAAUACCUUAAGGCAAAGAUUCCAGCUGCAUCUGAGCGCUGACGAGGCCGAGAGCUUUGUGGAAACAGACUUGAUUGCCAAGUCGUUGGGCAGCUAUUACACACGACUUUACGAUACCUUCCAAUACCGAACCCAAGGUAUAUACUAA